GGCUCUCCCACCAGCGAUUCACUCCGACCUCGUCUCGUCUCCCCCACCCGCCGCCCCCGUCGCCGCCGCCGCCACUACCCACCGCCGACCUCGUGCCUCCCACCAUCCUCCCCCUCCACUCACCUCUCUCUCUACAUGGGCCCCAGAUCCAAUAAUCCGGGCGUCGUCCAUGGCGUUCCCGGCGGCAGCGGCGGUUCUUCCCGAUCCACACCACCUCUACCUCGCCGUCCGGGUCUGCGCGCGCGUCCACCUCCAUCUCCACGGGCACACGGACUCCUUCAUCGCCGCCGACGCCACCCCCCUUUCUCCGUUAGGGUUAGGGUUUGCAGUUGGAGCGGCGAAGAGGUUAGCCACCGGGAGGAGAUGCCGAUGGCCCGUCGCGGGACCUGACGAACGGAGGAGGAGAAGAAGGACCACCGGGAGGUGGCCUUCAUGCAACCCACGAGCAGCCUCCCAAGUUUUGACACAAACCUACUGCACUGACUGCCGCCUGCCUCCCGUGCUUCUUCCCCGGCUUCCUCUGAUACAGCCAGCGCACUUGUUGAGCCCGCCAGGAAGGACAAGUACCAAGUCCGGCGACACGAACGUCGUCGUUCUCUGCUCCAUCGCCGGCCUAGAGAUGAUAUGUUCUGCACUGUGCGAGUAUUGGGCCUGAUUUGAUUGGACAUUU